AAAUUUAAUUAUUUUAAAUAUUUUAUUCAAUUCCAUCUUCCCAUCGAACUAUGAGAAUAAUAAGAAUUCUCUAAUGGUAGUUGUCAAACAGAAAAUUUGGAAAAAAAUAAAAAUAAAUUCAAAAAUAAAAUAAACCGACAAGUGAUACCUUCUUCUACGCAUUGAGAAAUUUAGAGAGAGAAAGCUAUAUAGAGAGAGAGUGUGUGUGUAUGUAUAUGUGUGUGUGGGUUUCAGAUCUGAGCAAAGAUUUUCGAUCCGAAACGAAUCAAACAUUUUCUCUAUGGUUCUCUCCAAAAUGGAAGAUUUCAUUGAGAAUCUUCCGCCCAUGGAUCUGAUGCGCUCUGAGAAGAUGACCUUCGUUCAACUCAUUAUUCCGGUUGAAUCUGCUCAUCGCGUCAUCUCUUAUCUCGGCGAACUCGGCCUUUUACAAUUCCGAGACUUAAACAGUGAUAAAAGCCCUUUUCAAAGGACGUUUGUUAAUCAGGUAAAGCGAUGUGCAGAAAUGUCAAGGAAGCUACGCUUUUUCAAAGAGCAAAUCAGUAAAGCUGGUCUAUUUUCCUCCACACGUCCUGUCACACCAGCAGACAUUGGGUUGGAGCAAUUAGAGGUACAACUUGCUGAACAUGAACAUGAGCUGAUGGAAAUUAACUCAAAUAGUGAUAAACUUCAACAAUCAUAUAAUGAGCUCUUGGAGUUCAAGAUGGUAUUGCAAAAGGCAAGUGGCUUUCUUGUAUCAAAUAAAACACAUACAGUUCCAGAGGAAAGAGAACUAGAUGAGAACAUCUAUUCAAAUGAUAGCUAUGUUGAAACAGCAUCAUUGCUCGAACAGGAGGUGAGGCCUGGACGGUCAGGCCAAUCUGGUUUGAGAUUUAUCUGUGGGAUUGUUUGCAAGUCUAAAGGGCUUAGUUUUGAGAGGAUGUUGUUUCGUGCUACAAGGGGAAAUAUGCUUUUCAACCAGGCUCCAGCUGAUGAAGAUAUCAUGGAUCCUUUAUCUAAUGAUAUGGUUGAGAAAAUGGUAUUCGUUGUGUUUUUCUCAGGAGAGCAGGCAAGAACAAAGAUUUUGAAAAUUUGUGACGCAUUUGGAGCAAGUUGUUAUCCUGUGCCCGAAGAUAUUACUAAGCAGACACAAAUAACUAGAGAAGUAUCAUCCCGCCUUGUGGAACUGGAAGCAACAUUAGAAGCAGGGAUCCGACAUCGAAAUAAGGCUCUGUCAUCCUUAAGUGUCCAUAUAACAAAAUGGAUGAAAAUGGUACGGAGAGAGAAAGCUGUCUAUGAUACAUUAAAUAUGCUAAAUUUUGAUGUAACAAAAAAAUGUCUUGUUGGAGAGGGAUGGUGUCCUAUCUUUGCACAAGAUAAGAUUAGCGAAGAACUGCAACGUGCAACAUUUGAUAGCAAGUCGCAAGUCGGCACAAUUUUUCACGUGAUGGAUGCUAUAGAAUCACCUCCUACAUAUUUUAGAACCAACAAGUUCACAAAUGCUUUUCAGGAAAUUGUUGAUGCUUAUGGUGUUGCUAAAUAUCAAGAAGCAAAUCCUGCUGUAUACACUGUUAUCACAUUUCCAUUUCUUUUUGCGGUGAUGUUUGGGGAUUGGGGUCAUGGAAUAUGCUUGUUGCUGGGAGCAUUAGUUCUUAUAGCUCGUGAAAGUACGCUCAGUACACAGAAACUUGGGAGCUUUAUGGAGAUGCUGUUUGGUGGACGAUAUGUACUUCUGUUGAUGUCGCUAUUUUCAAUAUACUGUGGUUUGAUUUACAAUGAGUUCUUCUCUGUUCCUUUUCACAUAUUUGGCGGGUCUGCUUACCAUUGUAGAGAUACAAGUUGCAGUGAUGCUACAACUGCUGGCUUGGUCAAAUUCCGAGAACCGUACCCAUUUGGUGUGGACCCUAGUUGGCGUGGAAGUCGUACAGAGCUCCCGUUCUUGAACUCUCUCAAAAUGAAGAUGUCUAUUUUGUUGGGUGUAUCACAAAUGAACUUGGGAAUCAUUAUAAGCUACUUCAAUGCACGCUUUUUUAGCAGCUCUAUCGAUAUAAGGUACCAGUUUGUGCCUCAGUUGAUCUUUCUUAACAGCCUGUUUGGAUAUCUUUCACUUCUUAUUAUCAUCAAGUGGUGCACUGGCUCUCAAGCAGACCUCUAUCAUGUGAUGAUUUACAUGUUUCUUAGUCCUACCGAUGAUCUUGGUGAAAAUCAAUUGUUUUGGGGACAAAGACCACUUCAGAUCAUAUUGUUGCUUUUGGCUUUAAUUGCAGUUCCGUGGAUGCUUUUCCCGAAACCUUUUAUUUUGAGGAAGCUUCACACAGAGAGAUUUCAAGGUCGCAUGUACGGUGUCCUUGGUACCUCAGAGAUGGAUCUCGACGUGGAACCUGAUUCUGCUAGACAACAUCACGAGGAGUUUAAUUUUAGUGAAGUAUUUGUACACCAAAUGAUACACUCCAUAGAAUUCGUUCUUGGUGCAGUUUCUAAUACAGCCUCAUAUCUUCGACUUUGGGCUUUGAGUUUGGCACACUCAGAACUUUCAACUGUAUUCUAUGAGAAAGUCCUCCUCCUAGCUUGGGGGUACGACAAUUUUGCUAUCCGUUUAGUUGGGUUAACGGUUUUCGCCUUUGCAACUGCAUUCAUACUACUCAUGAUGGAAACACUAAGUGCUUUUCUUCAUGCUUUGCGUCUACACUGGGUUGAAUUUCAGAACAAGUUUUACCACGGUGAUGGCUACAAGUUCAAACCCUUCUCGUUUUCCUCCUUGACCGAGGAUGAGGAAUAAUACACACCUGUACAGAAGAAGGAAGAUAGUUGAGAAAAAAAGCUUUAAACCAUCAGAAUCCGAAAAAACUGACCACAACUACCACCUGUUUCAGUUGACUAGAAGAACAGCCUAGCCUGUUUUUCUUUAACAUAUAAUGAUAUGAUGUCGCGAUUUUGACUCCAACGAAUGUAAUAUCUCGGCUCGUAAUUCUUUGGUGUAUUGGUUAUAUUAGUGUUUUUUUGGUUACAGUUGCUGGUAAUCUUCCAUGUAGAGGUGUUACUUUCCUUUUAAAUUUUCUUAGUUAUAUGGAAAAAGAGGAAGGUAAGGGAAGAUGGACCAGUUGUAAAAAGGAGCUGGGAAUUAUUAUGGUACAUAAAGGCAUAUCAUUUUGGGGAGGAGGAAGAUUAUUAUUAUAGCUAUACUUUCACACACAAACAAAUCAAAAAACAAAAACAAAAGUACACAAGACUUGAUUUUGUAGGGAUUUGUCUUCCAAAUUUAAUUUUGUUUUUCUUUCUCUUUUAAAUGUUUCAUUAUUGUAGUAGCUACUUAACAAUUUAUUUAGAAAAGUUCCAUUUUGUAAGAGGAUUUAUGAUUGAAAGAGUUCUGGAUUUAAAUAAACUUUCUUUUGAAUGUGCAA